UAUCAGGUUCAGGGAUCGCUGCGUCUCUGCCCCAGGUGCUACCCUGUGAUCUGCGCGUGCUCUCGGCUCCCCGCAGGAGGACCGGGUUCCGCGCCUAAAGGACUGGCGGACUGGAAUCCAGCCCAGCGCGCGGGUGUUUCACAGACUUAAUGUGCAGGGCCAAAGGCGUGCAAGGACCCUCAAGCCACACUGGAAAUGACAGAGCCCGGGACGCGGGACUGCGCAAGGACCUGACACUCGCGUCUAGCCUAGCCCAGUGCACUUAAGUUCUCCGGGGAUGCAUCCUGGUAAAGGCACGCAGUCCCCGCGUCCCUUUGGCUACAGCCCGGUCCACACCGCAGUUUUCGCCCUGCACUACUCCUGUAGGGACAGGCGGGAACCAGCAGUCAUCCGCAGGACUUUGGAGCCUGCGCGUGGAGGUGUUGCAGGAAGAGGGCAAAGGGGCGACAGGAGUCCCGGCGGCCACGGCCACAGCUGCUAGCGGAGUCCGCGGGGACACACCCGCUUCCUGAUCUCCCCGGCGGCGGGACCGCGACGCGCGCUCCUGAUUGGCCCGCGCGGUGGCCGCACCGCCGCCAAGCGCCGCCCGCGGCCAGAGAAGGGAGUUACCGGACAGUGGUCGCUGGCCGCUCCAGCCACGCACCAUGCCCUACCUGCUCAUCAGCACCCAGAUCCGCAUGGAGGUGGGCCCCACCAUGGUGGGUGAUGAGCGUUCGGACCCGGAGCUGAUGCAGCACCUGGGAGCCUCCAAGAGAAGUGUCCUGGGAAACAACUUUUAUGAAUACUAUGUCAACGACCCUCCUCGCAUAGUCCUGGACAAGCUGGAACUCAAGGGCUUCCGUGUGUUGAGCAUGACAGGGGUGGGCCAGACACUGGUGUGGUGCCUGCACAAGGAAUGACCUGGGUGAGCUGACCUGUGGACAGGGCACCUGUUCUUUUCGGGGCCCACCAUGUGCCCUGACCCCAAAUCCUUGCAACAUUGACUUCCCUGCCUACUUUGCUGUCAGCUUCCUUGUCCAACACUGACAGGCCAUGAAUGGCCUAAGGAACCUUGCUCCAGUUGGCUGGACGCAGCAGGCCUUGUCCUGGUGCUUCAGCUCCCACAGCUAGAGGCCUGACCCUGGCUCGUGCUCUAGGCCAUGCGCUGAAGGCAGGCUACCCAGAGAACACUCCCUGGAUCCUGCACAGCUAGUCCAAGCCAAUAAAAUGCUCUCAUGAGUGGAUGUUCCUUA